UACUCAGUAAAAUAAAUAAACAUGGCGGGGUUAGUUCGAGCAGGAUUUUCUUUUGCUAGAAAUGCUGUUUUCUCAACAUCAGUACGUUCCAUAGCAACGACAAAUCCCUUAAAUUUGAAAGAGAUUCGUGAACGUACGGAAGGUUCUUCAAUAGUAAUAGAAGCUGUUAAUGUGCCGUCACCGCGCACUGAGCUCUUGGUUCGCGCAGAGAACCUUCCAAAUCAUGAGCCUGUAGUGAGCCCAUCAGAGAAGCCUCCUUGCUACAUGUGUGCUUUAGGACUAGAUGUGAAACACACGGAUGUUCUUAUCCUGAGUCAGUUUGUGAGGUCAGAUGGUUGCAUGUUACCUCGUAGAAUCACUGGCUUGUGUCGAAGACAACAGAAGAAAAUGGGCAAGUUAGUGACCAUGGCUCAGAAAGCUGGUCUUAUGAUUAACUUGACUCCUGACAACUGCAACAAGGAUCCAAGGAAGAGAAAGGACUAUAAGAAGUUCAACACCUACUUUGAUGAAAGAACAAUAUUUAUGAAAAGAAUUCCGAAACCUGUGGACAGAUUCAAGCGUUAAUUAUACAUUUAUUAUUAAUAUUUGUAAUAUUUGUAAAAUACUAAUAUGUAGAUGUUA